CCUCAGCCAACCGGCGGAGCGCGGUCGGGCUGGACAGCCCUGUCAGUACGGACGGGUCGUUUUCCUUGGUAAAUGGGUGCCACGUAUAAAGAAUGCCACGGACUCAGUAAAGCUUUCCCUAUUCUGGCUUCAUAGUUUCUAUCCUUUCCCAAGUGCAGCAGAAGAUGAACAAAUUCCAGGGACCAGUAACAUUCAAGGACAUUACUGUGGAAUUCACCCGGGAGGAGUGGAAGUUGCUGGACAAUGCUCAGAGGACCCUGUACAGGGAAGUGAUGCAGGAGAACUAUGGUCACCUAAUCUCAGUGGGUUAUUGUGUGAAUAAGUCAAAUGCAGUCUUCAAGUUGAAGCAAGGAAAAGAGCCAUGGAUAUUAGAGGUAGAAUUUCCAUGUUGGAACUGCCCUGAAGACCUAUGGAAAAUUCAUGACCUAGGAGCAAGACACCAGGAGAGCAAAGCUGAAAAUUCAAAGAAUGAAGAACCCACAAAACGUCAGAAAACUCAUUCCACAGAGAAAACUUAUAAAUGUAAAGAAUGUAAAAAGUCCUUCUGCCAGAAGUCUGCCUUCACAGUACAUCAGCAUACUCAUUUAAAGGACAAACACAGUGAAUGUGGGAAAUCUGUUUCUAGGAAUGGAGACCUCACAAUACAACCGAAGCCUCAAGCCAGAGAGAAAUCCUAUGAAUGUAAAGAAUGUAAGAAAACUUUCUACCACCUGUCAUCUCUCAGUAGACAUUUAAGAACUCAUGCAGGGGAGAAACCAUAUGAAUGUAAUCAGUGUGAGAAAUCCUUUUACCAGAAGCCACAUCUUGUAGAACAUCAGAAAACACACACAGGAGAGAAACCCUAUGAAUGUACUGAGUGUGGGAAGUUCUUCUAUGUUAAGGCCUACCUCAUGGUACAUCAGAAAACACACACAGGAGAGAAACCAUAUGAAUGUAAGGAAUGUGGCAAAUCCUUUUCCCAGAAAUCACACCUCACAGUACAUCAGAGAACACAUACUGGAGAGAAACCCUAUAAAUGUAAGGAAUGUGGGAAAUUAUUCUCUAGAAAUUCACACCUCAAAACUCAUCAGAGAACACACACAGGAGAGAAACCCUAUGAAUGUAAGGAAUGUGGGAAAUGUUUCUACCAGAAGUCAGCCCUCACAGUACAUCAGCGAACUCACACAGGGGAAAAACCCUUUGAAUGUAAUAAAUGUGGAAAAAACUUUUACUAUAAAUCAGACCUCACUAAACAUCAGAGAAAGCAUACAGGGGAGAAGCCCUAUGAAUGUCAUGAAUGCGGUAAAUCUUUCUCUGUUAAUUCAGUCCUCAGAUUACAUCAAAGGACUCACACAGGAGAGAAACCCUAUGAAUGUAAGGAAUGUGGGAAAUCCUUCUCCCAGAAGUCACAUUUUAUCAUACAUCAGAGAAAACACACAGGGGAGAAACCCUAUGAAUGUCAGGAGUGUAGGAAAACUUUUAUCCAGAAAUCAAAACUCACUGCACAUCAGAAGACACACACAGAGGGAAAAAGUUUAUAAAUAGUUAUGAAUUGGGAAAUUCUUGUCUGAUUCACCCUUCAGAAUAUUCAGAUAAUUCACAGAAGACCUUAUGAAUAUUGUUGAUAUGGGAAAAUUUGAGCCACAAUCUUCCUUCACACAUAGGAUAUACACAGAAAUUAUGUAAAUGUAUUAGGGAAAAAAUUUUUUACCAUAUGUCAGACUACUGCAUAUCAGACACCAUAGAUGGCAGAACCCCAAGAAAUUGUAAAACAUGAAGGAAACCUUUCAGAAGUCAUACUAUAUUGUACAAUGUUGCAAUCACCCAGGAAAGAAAUCCUACAGAUAAAAUGAAUGUUAGGAAAUUUCUGUCAGGAGCAGCUAUCACUAGCUAUCCAAAAGUUCACAUGAAGGAGAAACUCUAUCAGUAUUUUGGGCAUCCAGAAAUGUUUUUACAUCAGCUGGACACAACUGAGAGUACUCACAGAGGAUGACUGCAAAGAUUGUGACAGAUACAGAGGCUUUUUCAAGAAGUAUGUUUCAGUGAAUGUCAGAUCAUUAAAACUGGGAGAGAACCUUUAUAGAUAUAUUAGAUAUAUGAAAGUUUUCUUAACAAAAUUUCAAAAAGAACCUGUACUGAGGGAAAGUUAUACUAGAAGUCAUGUUACAGAGAUCUGAUUGCAAGUUAUUUUUUAAAGAAAGCAAAUGUCUACAUAUAUGAAGCACAAGUGAAUAACCAGGUGACAUCAUUAAACACGUGAAGAAUCUGUUAGUGUGCAGGACUUGUGUGUGUUAGUGUGCUAUAAAACACAGACUAUGAUGUUUAUGUGCAUGUGGAAACCAUACAUAAUUGUACAUAGGAAAAUAUGUAACUUUAGUUCAAUACCUUUCAUGUAUGUGAACAUUUUCACAUUAAGUCUCAGCACUGACUCCUGUUAAUAUAAUGUUUAUUUUAGUGUAAUAUUCUUUUAAAAUUAUAGUGCAUCUUUUUCUAUUUCCUGGCAUUUAAAAAUAGAUAUAAACAUUGUUACUGAAUUAAUCCUUCAGAAAGAACUAAAGAUGGUUUUGUAAAAUUUUCAACCAUGUCAUGGUCAGCCAAAUUUUACAUUAGGGAGAUUUACAUUACAUUUAUAGGAAAUGCCUGAGUUUAUUUUUAAAAACACUACACAACAAAAACAGAUACUACAAUGAAGAAAUACUAUUCACCCUACUCUGAAUGUUUUCACAGGAUGCAGAGCCAUCUGCUUCUGUGUUUCGUAUGAGUCCUAAAUGUUCUUCACUACUUGUACAGUGGUCAGGAGUGUAGAAACCUACUGCCUAGGCUCAGAUUCCAGCUUGGUACAUACCACUUAACCUCUCUGUGCCUCAGUUUCCUUCUCUAUAAAAGAGAAUUAAUAGUGUGUUAGGGUUGCUGUGAGGUAUAAAUGAGUUAAUAUUUUUAAGCACUUAGAAUAGUAUCUGUGAUACAAGAAAAAGAUGUGUGUUAGAUAUCAUCAUUAUAACUAGUAUUUCUUGAACCAUGCUUUAAAAAAAAUGUUUGGCCACCAACAUCCAUCCCCACAUUAUGCUGUAGCGCCUUGUUCAGUUUGGCUAUAUAUUUUCCCUCAGGCAUUCAGAUCUUGCCCACUGCCCAGUUUAGUAGCCUGCAAAGCAAAGACUGGUUUUACAUUUCUAAAUGGUUGGAUGAAAUAUUUUGUGACAUGUGAAUAUUAAACUGAUAUUUCACUGUCCAUAAAUAGAGGCUUAUUAUAACACUAAUACAAUCAAUUCUGUUUUGCCUGUGGCUGGCCUUCACACUACAAGAGCAGAGUUGAAUAGUUUUGACAGAGACCAUAGAGCCCACAAAGCCUAAGAUAGUUACUAUCUGGCAUUUUACAAAGUUAGGCUUUUCUGUUACAGCUGAAAACAUAAUGUAGAGGUGUACUUUUAUGUAUGUUAUGUGUCAGAAAUGAUGUAUACAGAAAUUUAAGGUGGGAGGUUUUUGUGCUUAUACUUAUUUUGUGCAUUUAUGUUAAAAACCUAAGCAUUAGUAUUUUCCUCUUAAGUGUGUUUUAGUUAUGAAUUGUCAUAAACUCAAAAUAAAUUUUCUGAUGGAAUGUA